AAAAAAAAAAAAAAAAAAAAAAAAAAAAAAAAAAAAAAAAAAAAAAAAAAAAAAAAAAAAAAAAAGGGAUAAAACAAAAAAAAAAACCAAAAAAAUAUAAAAGAAAAGUCAUCGAAGUGAAAGCGCCAUCCAGUUAAAGAAGAUCUCUUCCCCAUGCCUGCACCUCUUGUCCUAAAAACCAUUAUCCUUACUAGUAAACAUGAAUGAUCAAAAAUCGGUGCACGCCACGUUCGGAGGAUAGAACGACAGGGUCAAAGGAAAGCGAGAUAAGCGAAAAGGCCUGUACACAGAAUGGCGGUAGUUCCGGCGCGUCCCGGGCGCCCUCGCCCCCAGCCGGUUAUCCGCACGCGAUGGGGAGGUAUUAUCAUAUCAUCGAGGUCAUAUAUCGGUCGUGAGGCUUAGCACAUCUCGCAGCAUUCGAUACAGUCGAUACAGCAUUCGCAGCUCUCUUCGCAAAGGAAACAACAACAAAGGGUAGCCAGACUGGCGGAAACAGGGGAAUUUAGCCAUGCGCACGGAGAUAUGCGGAGACGGAUAACUCACCAGGCUGUGAGGCAGCCGCGAUCACUUUUCCCUCCGCGAUUGUCCUGGCCUUGGUUUGGAUUUUGUGGUGGCGGGUAUGCCAUGUUCUGCACAGUUGUCAGUCCGUCACCCCUCAGAACCGUACCCGAGUAUCACGUACUGGUGGUGGUGGUUGAGCGUAUCCUCCCUGGGGAGGCUGACCCUGAUAAGCAUAAGGUGGCUGCGGGGGCUGGGGAGGAUGUCCGUAGCCGUUGCCGCCUGGGGGAGGCCCGUAGCCGCCUGGGGGAGGUCCGUAGCUAUCGGGAGGUCCGUAGCCUCCGGGAGGAUGUCCGCCGUAACUGUUUAGAGUACCGAGUUAGUAUAACUGUCAGUGGCUCGGUCAAAGCAUCUGUGAGGUAUUCUCCGAACGGUCCGCUCGCUCGCUCGCUCGCUCGCUACACGGGGUAGGUUGAGGCGGAGGAGGGCCGCCGUAUGGUUGUUGAUAACUCAUGGUGAUUGAGAAACUAAGAAAUGCCAAGUAAGAACGGGUCGAACAGAGACAAGGAAACCAGCGAAGGGCCAAAAGAGAGGGGGGGGGG